AUGGAGUUGGAAGGAUCAACAUCAAGAUCAACGUCUUUCCAUGAUUUUCUCAACCGCAUGCGACACCCUGCUUCCCUCGACCUCGUUCGAUCCAUCAAGAGUUUUAUAGUAUCAUUUUCGUUUUACCAACCGAAACCUGAAAAUGAUGGAAAAAGAGUUCAAGACUUCUUUCUGUCAAUGGAAGUUGCAAUCAGAAAUCAUCCACUUUGGGCCACUGCCAAUGAAGAAGACAUUGAUUGUGCAAUAGAGGGUUUAGAGAAAUAUAUAAUGACUAAAUUGUUUUCCCGGACAUUCGCUGCUGCUCCUGAGGAUGCAAAGAUCGACAAUGAACUAUAUGAGAAAAUAUGCUUACUCCAAACCUUUCUGAAGCCUGAACAUUUGGAUAUACCACCAAUUCUUCAUAAUGAAGCCUCAUGGCUGCUUGCAGAGAAAGAAUUGCUGAAAAUCAAUGCUUUCAAAGCUCCCCAUGAGAAACUCUUGAGCAUUAUGAAUUGCUGCAGGGUCAUCAACAAUCUGUUGCUCAAUGCUGCAGUGUCUGAGCAUGUGCCAGCUGGGGCAGACGACUUUCUCCCUGUGCUCAUAUAUGUUACCAUCAAGGCAAAUCCUCCAAAGUUGCAUUCUAACCUCAAAUUCAUCAAGUUGUACAGAAGGCAAGCAAAACUCUUCUCAGAAGCUGAAUAUUAUUUCACAAAUCUUGUGUCAGCUAAAACAUUUAUAGCUGACUUAAAUGCUAAAUCCCUCUCAAUGGACGACAUCAUAUUUGAGGAGAACAUGCAAGCAGCUAAAUUGACCAAUAAAGUCACAAAUGAAUUGUCUUCUACAUGUCAAAUGAGCCAGCAUGGGAAUUGCAGUUGUUCAAAGAAAAUUCGCAGAAAACUUGAUGAUACUGAAGUUUUUCAAGUUGUGCAAGAUGGAUCAAACUAUCCGUACAUGGAAGCAAAGAGUGAAGAGCUAGCAAUUGAAGAUGUGGACAUGUUAUUAAGUCAAUAUAAGGAUUUAGUUGCUAAGUACACAAUCUUGUGCAAAGCUAUCAGUUGCCUUUCAACGUCAGAGAGAGACCCACUCCUUCAUCAUCUAGAAAAGCAAGGAGCAGGAACUAACUCUGCUUUCACAGUACCUGGGAAUCAGCACAGACCCGAAUGA